AAAAUUAUUGCUUUACAUUGUCAGGCUGAAGGAUAAGCUUGAAUUUUGAGGUGGGAUUUUGUUUUGAUGGAAUCAUUUCAUAAUCGUGGAACUCUAAAGAUUUUGCUGAAGCUGGAAGUCUUUAUUGGGGCAAUGCUUUGUUGUCUUUUGGUUUUCGCAUGCAAGAGAGUGCUCGCGGUGGAGGGAGUGGUGAAUGCAAAGUACGGAGUGAUUGAGCAGUGGGCAUUGUUGUUGAGGAAUGCGUGGCCUAAGGUUUCUAUGAUUCUUAAGAUUUUCAAAGAGCAAGGUGUGAUUCUGACUGCACUUUUAGGUUUAUCUGCAUUCUUCUCAAUGGCAGAGACUUCAAUAAGUACACUGUGGCCAUGUAAGGAUAUGAUUGGAAGUGUAUUAGAGAUGAAGGAUGCUCAUGUCAGAGAGAUAUUAGCUGCAAAUGCCCAAAAGCUUAAUGCUGUUCAUUUUGAGCAGAUAAACAAUGGGGAAGCAAUGUCAGAGGCCAAAGAUCAUGAGUACAGGCUUCUUACUGAGAUCACUCCAAAAAGUAUAGCUGUUCACAAUCCCACAGAGGUGGCUAGAUUUGUGGCCAGUGGCAUGGCUUUCCUUGAUGCUACAUCUAGUGGGAAGAAUUGUUACUUAUUUAUCAAUGGGAAUAAGGAAAUCAUAUCCACCAUUUAUAAGCAUUUGUCUUUUGCAUUUCUUGUUUCCAGUUGUUCUGAACCUUAUGUUAGUGAAGAUGAAUUAAAGCUGAUGCUAUGUGGGGCAAAGUUGAGUGGAGCAAUAGAGGAGGAAGAGCAGGAUAUGAUUGAAACUGCAUUAGAGAUAAAGGAUACUCAUGUUAGAGAGGCCAUCACACCCCUUGUUAACGUGGUUGCAAUUGAUGCAAGUGCAACUCUUGUUGAUUUUCACCAUCUGUGGGUGACUCACCAAUAUUCAAGGUAGGGAAUUGGUAAUUCAUCUCUAAGGCUUUAUCUCCUUCAAGAAACUUGUUAAAAGAUUUCUAUUUACAUGGUACCGGUUUUUGAGCAGCGUGUUGACAAUAUAGUUGGCAUUGCAUA